AUGGAAGCUGAAAAAUCGUCAUCGUUGUUAAUCAAAGAGGAAAAGAAUUUGGAGGAGGGCCUUAUUGAAAACACAGGUGAAGGCUCUUCAUUUGCAGACCCCUUCUUAGAAGUCAAGGCAGAACCAGAAUUUUUUUACCAUGGUGAAUUUGAUGUGAACUGUUCAUCCCAAUCUGUUAAGUAUGAGGAGGGCAUCUCUCCAAGCUGUGAUGAUGAAAGCGUAAAGAAGAUCUGUAUUGCAGAAGAAAGUAGACAUUUUGGCAGGAGAGAUGCGUUUUCAAAAAGAGAGAAAUCCCACAUGAGAGCCCAUAGAGAGAAACCACAUACUUGUUCUAUAUGUCAAAAAAGUUUUUCUCAUUCAGCUAAUCUCAAAAAACACAUGAGAACACAUACAGGAGAACAACCAUAUAAUUGUUCUAUAUGUCAAAAAAAAAGAGAGAAACCAUAUACUUGCUCAACAUGUCAAAGAAGUUUUUCUCAAUCAACUAAUCUCAAAGACCACAUGAGAACUCAUACAGGAGAGAAACCAUAUACUUGUUCUACAUGUCAAAGAAGUUUUUCUCACAUAAGUAAUCUCAAAAAACACAUGAGAACUCAUACAGGAGAACUACCAUAUAAUUGUUUUAUAUGUCAAAGAAGUUAUUUCUUCCAAUAA